AUGGAUUUCUCUAUGAACAACAUCUCUGGAAGCAUACCCAAAUGCCUCAACAAUUUGACUACUCUAGAUCAAAAAGGAAAUUCAAUUCUAUCCAGCACACAUCCUUAUACUAGAUAUCCACGUAGGGAUGAUUUUUUCCGAAGUUAUAUUAAUUAUGAGAAUGAUGCAAGCUUCAUAUGGAAAGGAAGAAUGCAGACAUACAAAAGCACUUUGGGCCUUGUGAAGAGAAUUGAUCUCUCAAGCAAUAGAUUAACAGGGGAGAUUCCAAGUGAAAUCACUCAUCUUGUUGGGUUGAUUUCUUUAAACCUUUCGAGAAACCAGUUAAUAGGUCAAAUAACUCUAGAGAUUGGAAACUUGCAGUCAUUGGAUUCGCUUGAUUUAUCAAGAAACCAUAUAGAUGGAGGAAUUCCGACAAGCCUUGCUCGGAUAGAUCGUCUUAGUUUCUUGGACUUGUCAUAUAACAACUUGUCUGGCAAAAUACCAACAGGCACUCAGCUCCAAAGCUUUGAUCCCCUUGAUUAUGCUGAAAAUCCUCUACUCUGUGGACCUCCACUUAAAAAAAUGUGUGCUGAUGAAAAUGGGUCAAGUGACUUGAGCAAUGAAGAGGAUAAGGAUGAGUUUUUUGAUAGUGGCUUAAUAGAAGUCCAAAUUGGUUGGGAAAGAGCAGAAACUGAGUGGGGAAAUUUGAUUAAAAGACCAUACAUUCGGGUUCCUGAGAUUGGAAAUGGGAACUCUUUUCCUUACUCGAUUUCAAUUCUAUGUUUGGAACUGCUAGUCAAUAUGCUAAUGAAACCUCAACUCGUUAAACAUGCUGGAACUUUAGCUGCUCUACAACAGCAAUCGGCUGCUAAUGGAGAUUUAAUAGCAGAUAUGAAGACCAUGCAGGCCAAACUCAACCAAAAGAAUCCGGGUGUCUUCUCAGAAGGUAUAUCUCUACCGAAUCAAAACCCUCCCCAAUCAUCUAUGGAUCAAUCUGUUGCAAUAAACGUGAACACAUCUCAUGCAAUUCUACCAGGAAAGUUGAACAACCUAACAAAGUUUGGACGUCAAUCACCAGUUGGAAAUAGUUUGUUAGUCCCUAUAACCUUGUGA